CUUUUAAUAUAGCGCAGGUCGCAGAUCGGCGCAGAUUUUACUUGGUAGUAGAGGAUAGUAGACCUUUCUUUACCUAUCUUUACCUCUAUUUUAUAACUAAGUAUUCACACACACAAAGUAAGUUUCUUCAUAAUAUAUAUAUAAAAAGAAGAAAAAAUGUGGAAAGUUGUAUUUCGUGGAAUUCGAGAAACAUUGGAGCGACGUGUUUGUCGCACCAACGUUUAUUCGCAAUCAUCGCAGGAUAAUGCGAAGAACGAAGUCAAAACAAGCCUAACAUGCCAACAAAAAUUUCUUCCACCUGUUUUUAUCACUUGUGAUAAAGGUUUUUGCGGAUCGGCUAAAAGUACCGGUACUAAAAACAACAGACGUGAUUCUAAUUGGAAUACCAAGCACAGUUGGACAGAAGCUGUUGGCUGGUCUAGUGUACUAGCGGCUGGAUGGGUUGUAUGCCAAACACUUUGUCUCCGCAAUAGAAUCUUUGACAGAGAUACCGCUGAGACCUUAAAAAGCAAAUUGCAUGAUUACUCUGGAAUUUCAUUUAUACUUAUGCAAUUAUUAAAUUUACAUCCAAGAAAAAUCUUGCCAGUUACCAAUUGUGUUGGUACUAGCAAAAAAAUCUCUAACCAAGAUUCAAACUCACAAUGGACUGCAGAAAAACCAUUUGGUCCUAUCACCAUUGAAGAGGCAUUCAAAGAGGCUUCUGAUGAAUUUACAAAAACUCAUAAUAUAGUAGUAGGAGAAUAUGAACUUCGUUUUGGUAUUAAAGCUUUAGAAGAAAAACGUUAUACCGAUGCUUUAAUGCAUUUCUCUGCGGGUGCUAAAUUAUCAUCUCCCGGAAGCAUAUUCAAUUUAGGUCUAUGUUACGAAUUAGGCAUUGGGACUUUGGCAGACCAAGCAAAGGCUGCAAAAUAUUACAAUGAUGCCGCGGCCCAUGACCAUGCCGAUGCGUUAUAUAAUUUGGGAGUUUUCCAUGCUCAAGGAAAGGGCGGUUUACCAAUUGAUAUUGAUACUGCGCGCACUUAUUUCACCAGAGCAGCAAAAUUGGGUCAGGUACAAGCGCAACAUGCACUUGAUUUAGAAAAAGCUGAAACUCAAUCGAAAAAAAAUAUUUCUACUCUAUCGAACAUAAACUUAAAGAAUUUAGAUUCAAAGAAAUAUGAAGAAAAUGAUACACACGUUAAAUUAAGCGAUCUCAUGUUAUUAAAAAAUGUUGGUGACACAUUCGGUAUAGUCACAAAAUCCAAUGAAGUAUUUUUAGAUUUUCUCGGUUUAAAAAAGCCUAAUCAAGCACCCAUUAUGAUAACUACAAGUGAUUGUCACGUGCCAUAUUAAAAAAGUAUAAAAAUACUUUUAUUACCUCAAAUGAAAUUGUGUAUAGUUAUAUAAAAAGUACUAAUUCCUACAUGGUAUUAUUUUGCGUUAUUUGUUUAAUUUUUCUUGUUUUAUGCUUGUAAUAUUUUAACCGAAAGUGUGUGUUUUACUGAAAUCCAAUUAUUUAUGUUAUUACAGGAGUAUGUUCUUGUAUAUUAUUACAUGUAUUAUACAUGCAUAAGUAGGUACAAGAUAUUCGUACAAAUACUUGCUCAAUGAUUUGUCGUGUUAUUCAGAAUUUUAUUAUAAAUUUCAAAAUCCCACAUUUUUAUAUUAUUUCCGUAACUUUUAUUGA